AUGGCGCCCCAUUUCGAAGAGCCAACGCAGGUCGACCCCGAUGCGCCCCUUCAUGUCGCCCCGAAGCUCGUCGCCCCGGAGCCAGAACACUGCCCCGGCCCCGAAUCAGAACAAGCAGGCACAGCAGACAACUGCGCCGGGUGCCCCAACCAAAAAAUCUGCGCCUCCGCCCCGAAAGGACCCGACCCCGACAUCCCCGUCAUAACAGAGCGUCUCUCCUCGGUGCGCCACAAGAUCCUCGUCCUCUCCGGCAAAGGCGGCGUCGGAAAAUCCACCUUCAGCACCAUGCUCUCGCACGCCUUUGCGUCGAACCCGUCUUUAACAGUCGGCCUCAUGGACACGGAUAUCUGCGGGCCGAGCAUACCGAAGAUGAUGGGCGUGGAAGAGGAGACUAUACAUGUGAGCGCGGAGGGGUGGGAGCCCGUGUGGGUGAGCGAGAACCUGGGCGUGAUGUCCGUGCAGUUUAUGCUGCCUAAUCGGGACGACGCGGUGAUCUGGCGGGGCGCGAAGAAGAACGGACUGAUCAAGAAAUUCUUGAUGGAAGUACGGUGGGGGGACAUGGAUGUGCUGGUGGUGGACACGCCACCGGGGACCUCCGACGAGCAUCUUUCUGUCAAUUCUUUUCUCAAGAGCUCGGGUGUCGAUGGCGCGGUGCUGGUUUCUACACCGCAGGAAGUCGCUCUGUUGGAUGUCCGGAAGGAAAUCGACUUCUGUCGCAAGGCGAAGAUACCCAUUUUGGGGAUUGUGGAGAAUAUGUCUGGUUUCGUGUGUCCAGGCUGCAAACACGAGAGUCAGAUUUUCCGCGCGAGUACGGGGGGUGCGAAGCGUUUGGCUGCAGAGGAGAAGAUACCGUUCUUGGGCGCUGUGCCGUUGGAUCCGCGAAUAGGCAUGGCGUGUGACUUUGGAGAGAGCUUCUUGGAUGCGUAUCCUGAGAGCCCGGCGUGUAAAGCGAUACGGCAUGUUGUGCGGAGAGUGGCUGAGGAGAUUGGUAUGCAAGGCGAUGUGUUGGAGGGUGAUGAGUAA